GCAUAUGAUCUACUCAUAGCAUUGGGUUUAGUAGGUAUCACAAGAAUGCAGUUCAUGAGUUGUGUGAAGAUUUUCUUAUUUCAUUUUGUUAGCUUAAUAUAUUUUUCUUGAAUUCCAUUGUAUUUGGAUUUUGGAAAAUAUAAAGUGGUAAUUCUUACCUUUAUUCUUUUCACAUUUUAGCCUGCUAUAGUAAUCAUUAUAUAGAAUAAAUAAAUAGUAAAGUCUUUUGGCUAAAUAUUUUAAUAUUUUUUUUACAGAAUAAAUCCCAAACAGAAGAUGAGAGUUAUUGCCUGCUUGAUUUUACAUUUCGAAUUAAUAAAUGACCUUAUGGUUAAGUUAUUGAUGAUUUGUUAUGUUUUGAUUAUGUUAGAAUUGAGAAAAAAAAAAGAAAAUGGAAUGAUAGUUACAGUAGGCAAGUAAUAAGGGAUAUUAGUGUCGAUAGGAUUAUUUAUUUUAGCGAUCUAGCAUGUAUAGAAAACACAAGAAUGGAUAGGCAUGCUUUUCAUGCAUUGUGUAACUAACGUGCUUAAAGUGGUUGGAAAGUUAGAACCAAGUAGGAAUAUGGGUGUGGAAGAAAUGGUUGCUAUGUUUUUACAUAUUAUAGCACAUGACGUCAAAAUUAGAGUAAUAAAGAGACAAUUUGUAAGAUCUGAAGAAACAAUUAGUAGGCGGUUUAAUGAUGUAUUGCUUGCUAUUUUGAGAUGUUAUAAUCUCUUACUGAAGAAACCUCAACCAUUUAGCCAGGAUAGAAUGGAUGAACGAUGGAAAUGGUUCAAGAAUUGCCUAGGAGCCUUAGAUGGUACUCAUAUCAAAGUUAAUGUCCUUGAGGCUGACAAGCCUAGAUAUCGAAACAGAAAAGGUGACAUAACAACCAAUGUGCUUGGAGCGGUUGCUCCCGAUAUGCAAUUUAUCUAUGUACUGGCAGGUUGGGAGGGUUCAGCUGCGGAUUCUAGGGUAUUGCGAGAUGCACUAUUUUGCAAUGGGUUUAGUGUUCCCCAAGGUAUUUUUAUUGAGACUUUAGUAUGUUAUCAAAGUAACUAUUUGAUCUUUCAUUAAUUUUGUUCAAUUUUAUAUGUCACACUAGGUCAUUACUACUUAUGUGAUGCUAGAUACGUGAAUUGUGAAAGAUUUUUGGCACCUUAUAGAGGACAAAAAUAUCAUUUGAGUGAGUUUAAUCCACAUAAUCAAUCCAGUACACUCAAGAGUUUUUUUAAUAUGAAACACUCAUAAGCUAGGAAUGUCAUUGAAAGGACAUUUGGAGUAUUGAAAGCAAGAUGGGGAAUUUUAAGAGGAAGAUCAUUUUAUCCUAUUAAGACUCAAGGAAGAAUUAUAACUGCUUGUUGCCUUUUGCAUAAUCAUAUUAGAAGAGUGAUAGUUGUGGAUCCUAUUGAUGAGAUAGAAGAUCAAAAUAUACUUGGACUAGAUGGUGAGACGAUCCACCAUAUUGAGAUGAGUGAUGCUUGGGGUAGAUGGAGAGAUCAACUUGCACAAGAAAUGUGGAACCAAUGAAGGAGAAGACAUCACGCUCGAUAAUUGUAAUAGUUUUUCUAUGUGUGAGGCUGUCUGUCGUAAUAUUGAUGUCAUUUUGUUGAUGUGUUUGUGUUCUUGUACAAGAGUUGUGCGUCUGUUAGUAAAUUUUAACUUUUGAGACUUCUUUGUAACUUUAAUUUGGAUAAUAGUAAAGCUUUUUAAUACAUAUGUGGUUAGAAUCGUUGAGAUUUGUU